AUGCAUUUCAUUUGCUUACAUGGCCUACAGUUCCCUAAGAGGAAGCUCACAAUUUAUAUCACAGCCAAAGAGAAGGAUGAGUGGGUCCGCUCUGCCACUGGGAAGAAAAGGAGGAAGAAGAAGGAGGCAUAUUUUAAUUACAUGGGGAAACUCCUAAAGCAAGUCCACCCAGACUUCAGUGGGCGCUCCUGGAUCUUGGAUGCCCUGAGAGCGCUGGAGGAUUGGCAGCUGAAAUGGGUUAGCCUGGAGGCGGUCAGAUUGUCUCUCUACAACCACAGAAGAGCUGUCACCAGCAGAGAGAUCCUCAAGGCAGUCAAGCAGAGAUGCUGUCAGAAGAGCUUAGGAAUAUAUGAAGUGGAUCUCCAUGGCUCUGUUGUUGAAAUGAUUGCACUUGUCCAAAAAAAAAAAAAAAAAAAGAAAAAGAAAAAAGAAAAAAAUUGGGUCUUUUGGAGGGUUAAGUUGAAGGACAAAGUAUCUGAGAAGUACCCACUGAAGCAGGGGUCUUGCUGUGACACACUUGGUCUCUGAUCUUGUGUUUUUAGCCCCUGGUUUAAGCUGCGGAAAAAAACAAUAAAGGAGAAG